GUGCGUUUUGAAUAGUGUCUGAGAACAACUCACCCCAAAAGAGCAAUAUGAUCCUUAACUCCUCUAUUGAAGAUGGAAUUAAACGAAUUCAAGAUGACUGCCCCAAGGCUGGCAGGCACAAUUACAUUUUUGUCAUGAUCCCUACACUCUACAGCAUCAUCUUUGUGGUGGGAAUAUUUGGAAACAGCUUGGUGGUAAUUGUCAUUUACUUUUACAUGAAGCUGAAGACUGUGGCCAGUGUUUUCCUUCUGAAUCUCGCCCUGGCUGACUUAUGCUUUUUGCUGACUUUGCCACUGUGGGCUGUCUAUACCGCUAUGGAAUACCGAUGGCCCUUUGGCAAUCACCUUUGUAAGAUCGCAUCAGCCAGUGUCAGUUUCAACCUGUAUGCCAGUGUGUUCCUGCUCACCUGUCUCAGCAUCGAUCGUUACCUGGCCAUUGUCCACCCAAUGAAGUCUCGCCUCCGCCGCACAAUGCUGGUGGCCAAAGUCACUUGCAUCAUCAUCUGGCUGCUGGCUGGCUUGGCCAGUUUGCCAGUCGUUAUCCACCGAAAUGUAUUUUUCAUUGAGAACACCAAUAUCACAGUUUGUGCUUUCCAUUAUGAAUCUCAGAACUCAACACUCCCCAUUGGGUUGGGCCUGACCAAAAACAUUCUGGGCUUCCUGUUCCCUUUUCUGAUCAUUCUCACCAGCUAUACUCUAAUUUGGAGAGCCCUGAAGAAGGCUUAUGACAUUCAGAAGAACAAGCCAAGAAAUGAUGAUAUCUUUAGGAUAAUUAUGGCUAUUGUGCUUUUCUUUUUCUUUUCCUGGGUUCCCCACCAAAUAUUCACUUUUCUGGAUGUGCUCAUUCAGCUGGGCAUUAUCCAAAACUGUAAAAUCGCUGACAUCGUGGACACUGCUAUGCCUAUCACCAUCUGCAUAGCUUAUUUUAAUAAUUGCCUGAACCCUCUCUUUUACGGGUUUCUGGGGAAAAAAUUUAAAAAAUAUUUUCUCCAGCUUCUGAAGUAUAUUCCCCCAAAGUCCAAGUCCCACUCAGGCCUGUCAACAAAGAUGAGCACUCUUUCCUACCGCCCAUCAGAUAACAUGAGCUCAUCAGCCAAGAAGCCUGUGUCUUGUUUUGAGGUGGAGUGAGAGGUUCAAAGCCUGCUGGUGAAGUGAUCACCUGACAGAAGAAGCCAGAGCAGCAUUUGGCUAGACAGCUCGCUACCAAAGAAAUGUUCAACCCCCACCCCUUUCAGCGUUGAAGAAGAGAAUGGAUUUGGUGGACUGUAUAUGCUUUCUAAAGCAAUAAACAAAAGCUUUUCUUUUCCUUUAGAAUGAAUAGGAGCAAAGACACUGUUCACCACCUUUUUCAAUGACUGGAAAGCUGCUCUAAGGAUGUCAAAAACUGAGUGACUAUUGAUUAUGAAAAAAUGUACUGGCAGAAAACAAUGUCUCCUGUCCCUUUUCAUUCUGUUACUUUUGAUUUCCACAUGAAAGUAUUUAGAAUAUAUUAAAUCUGUAGACAAGCAAUAAGGAGAUGGGAGGUCGUCAGUUUCCAAGGGGCAGAGAAGCUUUUCCAACUGUUUAGCUACUAAUGACUAUGGUAUCAUUGUCCCUACGGUUUGCUAGGCAGUAGUCAUCAAGUUUCAAGACAUUUGUGAAGUUCUACUAGUAACUUAAGAAUCCACACUGCCAAAACAGUGCCCACAAAACAGGUUGCCUGUAUAAUGGUGUUAAGGCAGUCACACACCAAAGUUGAACCACUUGUGAAGCUAUGAUUCUGUCUCAAGUAAUUGUGUCUUCCUAGGCCAACCAGUUUUAUUUCUUAUCUGAGAAUUGUAUAGUCUUUGUUAAGCAUAUUUGUCAUAAAAUAUGUCUUACAG